AUGGACAGUCUACAACUUAGAGAUGAAGCGGUGCGCGACCGUAUUCGCGCGGCUCAAGAAUUUCUUGAUCCAACUGAUGCCGCGACACGAAGCUACAGAUCAGAUAUUAUACUGAUGCUACAAAAGUUCCAGCGAAGGCUUGUAGUCAGCAUUGAUGAAGUACGAGGCCGCAAUGCUGAACUCGCCGAUGGCCUUCUUCAGCAUCCUUUCGACUAUGCUCAGGCAUUCGAUCGAGCCCUUCACGAAGUCAUUCAGACUCUGCCGAAGACUACAGCAAAGCAGACAUCGGAGGAUACGAUGUACUACUGUGCCUUUUCUGGUAGCUUCGGACAAUUUGCGUGCAAUCCGCGAACCCUCUCUUCCGCACAUCUCAAUCGCAUGGUUUCUCUCGAAGGAAUCGUUACCAGAUGCUCUCUCGUCCGACCGAAAGUUGUCAAGAGCGUUCACUAUAAUGAAAAGAAGAAGAUCUUUCAGUUCAGAGAAUACAAGGACCAGACCAUGUCAGCCAAUGGCGCAAGCACAUCGAGCGUCUACCCACAGGAAGACGACGAGGGCAAUCCGCUGGUCACAGAAUACGGAUACUGCACAUACAGAGAUCACCAGACCAUUUCAAUCCAAGAAAUGCCUGAACGUGCACCUGCUGGACAAUUGCCGCGAGGAGUUGAUGUAAUCCUGGAUGACGAUCUUGUCGACAAGUGCAAGCCCGGUGAUAGAGUUCAACUUGUCGGGAUCUAUCGAUCCCUCGGAAAUCGAAACGCAGGUCACAACACAGCACUUUUCAAGACUGUCAUCCUUGCCAACAACGUCGUCAUGCUGUCUUCAAAGUCCGGUGGCGGGAUUGCUGCAGCUACGAUUACCGACACGGACAUUCGGAACAUCAACAAGAUUGCAAAAAAGAAGAACCUUUUCGACCUCCUCUCCCAAUCUCUUGCACCUAGCAUAUACGGCCAUGAACACAUUAAGAAGGCAAUCUUGCUCAUGUUGCUCGGCGGACAAGAGAAGAACUUGGAAAAUGGUACACAUCUAAGAGGUGAUAUCAAUAUUCUCAUGGUUGGUGAUCCCUCGACUGCCAAGUCUCAACUUUUGCGCUUCGUUUUGAACACCGCGCCGCUUGCGAUUGCUACCACUGGUAGAGGGUCCUCUGGCGUUGGUCUCACUGCUGCAGUCACAUCUGAUAAAGAGACCGGCGAACGGAGACUCGAGGCAGGUGCAAUGGUUCUCGCUGAUCGUGGAGUUGUCUGCAUCGACGAGUUCGACAAGAUGUCCGACAUUGAUCGAGUCGCCAUCCACGAAGUUAUGGAACAGCAGACAGUCACAAUCGCCAAGGCUGGAAUUCACACCUCGUUGAAUGCUCGUUGCAGUGUCAUUGCAGCAGCCAAUCCCAUCUUCGGGCAAUAUGACACACACAAAGACCCCCACAAGAAUAUCGCCCUUCCCGAUUCCCUUCUAUCCCGUUUCGAUUUGCUAUUCGUUGUUACAGACGACAUCGAUGAUGCUCGAGAUCGUCAAAUCUCCGAGCAUGUUCUUCGAAUGCAUAGAUACCGACAACCAGGGACUGAAGAAGGAGCCCCGGUUAGAGAGCAAUCUCAACAAACUCUCGGCGUGGGAGUCGAUCAGGAGACUGAUGCAAACCGUAUCACAGACGUCUACGAGAAAUAUAACCAGAUGUUGCAUGCAGGUGUCACAGUGACUAGUGGUCGUGGAUCAAACAAGAAGGUCGAAGUUUUGAGUAUUCCGUUCGUCAAGAAAUAUAUUCAAUAUGCCAAGUCAAGAAUACGACCAGUCUUGACUCUGGAGGCUUCAGACCGCAUCAGCGAGAUCUAUGUUGCUCUUCGAAAUGACGAUAUGCAAGGAAACCAGAGAAAAACAAGCCCUAUGACUGUUCGUACUCUCGAGACCAUCAUUCGUCUGGCAACAGCGCAUGCCAAGUCACGCCUUUCAAAUCGUGUCGAAGAGAGAGAUGCUCUGGCUGCUGAGUCUAUUCUUCGCUUUGCCUUGUUCAAGGAGGUCGUUGAGGAUGAGAAGAAGAGCAAGCGUCGCAAGACUAGACCUCUCGAGGAUAUGUCAAGUGACAACGAUAGCUCUGAUUCUGAUUCCGACUCACCCCCACCAACUACCAGAGCUGGGACAUCACGCACUCGUACUCCAGGUACAACACGAACUCGUGGUGUUGCCACAACUCGAAGAGGUCUUGGUGGGUCUGGUUUACGGACAAAUGGUGACCAGGGUGGGGAUGUUGGCUCUGACGAUGAGGAGGAUCUUUACACGGCGUCUCCCCGCAAUGCUCAGCGAUCUCGACCUAACGGUACCGGCGGUGCUGCGCCCACACAGUCUCAAACUUCAUUCGCUUCUUCUCUCCCAGCGUCCCAACUUCCUUCGCAAUCACAAUCUCAAUCUCAAGAAGAAGACACAGAACUUGCAAGCGGCGCGGCUGCUCUCAACAUUGCGGGCGUUACACCUGCCCGUCUGACACUUUUCCGAACAAGUUUGGGUCAAUUGUUGAACACUCCGUUGUUUGAUGAUGAUUCUGCGGAAGUCGAUAAUAUCAUCACGGCUGUUAAUAGAAGUGUGGGAGGCUCUGGAGGUGGUGCUUUCGAUAAAGCUGAAGCGGUGGCUGCGUUGAAGAAGAUGGACGAGGCAAAUAACAUUAUGUACACUGAUGGCGAUCUUGUAUACAAGAUCUAG